UUAUUGAAAUUGCCCAAAUCUCAGCGAUCUUCCUAUGAAAUCUGGUUCCAGGUUACGUCUCUUCCUCACCAUGGAACCAUUAUGGUUGGAGAGAGGAAUAUAACCAAGGAAAAACCCAAUUUCUCCCAGUAUAUAGUUAAUAAAUUUGGAAUCAUAUACCUUCACGAUGACUCUGAAUCGCUGGCUGAUAAUUUUACCUUUGCCGUUUGGCCGAAACAGAAGAGCAAGUCCACCACCAAGCCAGAGGCUGACUUCCUUGAAGAGAUGUUUAACAUCACCAUAUCUCCUGUUAAUGACCAGGCACCAGAAUUAAAGACAAAAGGGCUUCGGUUGAAAGUUCUGCAGGGAAAUAGGUUGGUUGUGGGACCAGAAAACCUAAAAGUGGAAGAUCUAGACAGUCCUCCAGAGGAGAUCAGAUAUAUGAUCAUCCGUAAUCCUAAUAAUGGCUUUUUGGCAAUGGCUCACCAUCCAGACGUACCUGUUCACCAUUUCACACAAGCUGACAUUGAUAACUCUCAGGUAUGGUUUGUACAAGAUGGAAGCCCAUCUUCGAGUGUGUUUUACUUUAGUGUGACUGAUGGCCAACACCGCCCACUCUAUAAGCUCUUCCACCUGGAUGUCAUCCCCAUCUCCAUCACCCUUGUGAACCUCACGGACCUACUUCUCCCACAAGGCCAGACAACUGUCCCCAUCACCAAUACUCACUUGUCAGCAACGACCAAUGGGAGAAGCCCCCAAAUCACUUACAAGAUGACAUGGCCCCCCCCAACAUGGGCAUCUGCUUAUUGA